AAAGGGAGAGUGUGUGGAGAGGGGGCGGAGGAAAGAGAGCGAGAGAGAGAGAGACAGAGAGAGAGAGAGAGAGACGCAGGCCCCGGAGCUGCUACUGAUGCUGCUGCAGCCGUUUGACAAUUCCCCACCCAGAGAGAGCAAGGAAGAAGGGAGGAGAUCAGAGCAAGGAGGAAGAAGGAGUAAGCAGCACCUCAGUCAAGAUGCUCCUGUGUUAGCCAGCACACACGAAAGCAAAGCUCCAUGCUGCCUUGCAGGAGAAAAAUCGUUUGAACCUUGAGCUGAUCAACCACCACCUGCAGGCAUCUAAGUAUGACCAGGUGCGAUCGGACUAUGUCCAGCUGAGACAGACCUUUGCUGUAGUGAGCCAGGAGAGAGACGUGGCCCAGCAGCAGAGGAGCCAACUCCAAGGCAAAGUGGAGAACCUGGAACAGGUUCUAAAGCAUAUGCACGAGGCUGUCGAGCUGAAGCAGCAGCUGCAGAUAGAGCAUGAGCGAGCCUUGGUGGCCCUUCACACCAAGCAGAAGGAGAUCAAUCACCUGCAAACGGCUCGGGUGCAAGCUGACCAACAGCAUGAGGACGCAGUUCACCUGUUAGAGAACAAUAAGGACAGAAUGUUUCAGGUCAAGGUUCGUGACCUGGAGCAGAAAUGCAGGUCACAGAGUGAACACUUCCACCAGCUGUCCAAAGAGCUGCUGAAUUUCAGUUUGCAAUCAGAUACCGUGGACAUCCUGAAGAUUAAUCCCACAUCCACAUCCCAGUUCCUCGUCUCUCCAAACAGGAAACUUCCACGGGUCAUUUUUGGAUUUGAAGGCCAACGAGAGACAGGCGAUGAGAACGCGACACACACACCACAACUGAUCUCCCAGUUCUUAACCUGCACAACUGAGACUGGAGACAAAGAACGACCAGAACUGCGGGCUGUCAAAUUUAGCACCGUGACGACGGACCGACCCCGCAGCCCUCGACAGCUGACCCCAUCAGAGAUGGAGGAUGAGGCCACCCCAUCACCCAGGUCCAAGCCUCGCUACACAGGCCAGGUCCGCCUUUGCACUGCCCGCUACAGUUAUAACCCUUACGAUGGACCAAACGAGCAUCCCGAAGCAGAGCUCCCCCUUGUGGCUGGAAAGUAUCUGUACGUGUAUGGAAACAUGGAUGAUGACGGCUUCUACCAAGGGGAGCUGCUGGAUGGCCAGCGUGGACUUGUCCCCUCCAACUUCGUGGAGUUCGUCCAGGACAAGGAAAAACUCUCUGGGGAGGGAGGGGAAAACCUGGGCCCACUGGACCAUAUUGGACCCCUGGCCUUGAUGGCAGUAGAUGGAGGUGCCUCACAAGAUGGCCUCCUGGGCUCAUCUAAUGCCUUGGUUCCCUGUAGCAAUGGGACAGGGGGGCCACUUGACCCCGAUGACCUGGCUGAAGAUGUUGUGCCUUAUCCCCGAAAGAUAACUCUGAUCAAGCAGCUGGCACGGAGCGUCAUCGUGGCCUGGGAGCCUCCACUAGUGCCUUUGGGCUGGGGGAACAUCUCUGGCUACAACGUGUUAGUAGACGGGGAACUUCGUGCCAGUGUACAGUACGGUGGCCGGACCAAGUCUUUGCUGGAGAAGCUCGACCUGGACGGUUGCGUCCAUCGGGUGUCUGUGCAGUGCACCACCGACCGGGGCUUGUCAGACGAGCUGCGGUGCACAUUGCUGGUGGGAGCCAACGUGGUUGUGGCGCCAUGUGGUCUGCGGGUGGAUGACAUCCAGCGUGACACUGCCGAGCUCUCCUGGUUGCCUAGCAACAGUAACUAUGGUCACACUGUGUUCUUGGAUGGUGCAGAGCACGCGGUGGUAAAGCCAGGAAGGUAUAGACUACGCUUCCUCAACCUGAAGCCCCUGACGGUGUACAAAGUCACGGUGUUGGCACAGCCGCACCAGGUGCCAUGGCAACUGCCGCUGGAACAGAGAGAGAGGAAAGAAGCUGGUGUGGAGUUCUGCACUCAGGCUGCAGGUCCAACACCAUAUUGCAGAACAGGCCCUCCCCAGCCUCCCCAUGAUGUGCGGGUGCUCUGUGGGCAGGCUCCGGGGGUCCUCCAGGUCUGCUGGAAGCCUCCCAUCCUCUCUCCCACAGGCACGUCGAAUGGGGCAAAUGUCAUCGGAUACGCAGUGUGCACCAAAGGACAGAGGAUAGCUGAGGUGUUGUUCCCGAUGGCAGACUAUGUCACUGUGGAGCUGACAAGGAUUCAGUGCCUGGAGGCCAGAGAAGUCAUCGUCAAGACGCUGUCAGUACAGGGAGAAUCCCAGGACUCCCACGUCGCCGUCAUUCCAAACAACCUGCUUGUGCCUCUACCUCCGAUCCCCCUGCCACCGCCAAUGCACCCCCACGCAGGCCCCCCUCCCCACCACCAUGUUCAACCCCACCUCCAGUCCCCUCACCUCCCUCACCCCACGCCCCAACUUCCUGCUCCACCCCAGGCACACGGACAACCACUCCCACCUCAUGCCCCACACCCUCAACCCCAUCCCAGACUUCCUCAUCCAGGUGGACCUCCGCAACCCCAGCUCCGACUCCCACAUCCUCAGCCGCAGCCCCUACAUCUUCAGCCGCGCCCACCCCACCAAGGUCCCAGGCCCCAGCACCAACUGCCUCUGCUGCCCCACCACCAACCCCACCCUGUACCUCAGAGACCAGUAAGUGCCAGAGACCUGGAUGCCAAAGAGCAUGCUGCCCACCACGGAGGAGCUAUCCCACCUGGCCAGCCUGGUUGGGAGCCCACACGCUCGCCUUCAUCCCAGCCUCCUGUGCCCAUGCAAGGCCACACCCUCGAGGCCCCACCCCUUGGCAAUCCACGCUCCCCCUCCCCUCAGAGGAUUCUUCCGCAGCCCCGAGGCACGCUCAUCCCAGACACCGUGGCCAAGGCCAUCGCCCGGGAAGCAGCACAGAGGGUAGCAGCAGAAAGUGGCAAGGGCGACAGGAGGCCGGGCAGGUACGGAGAGCAGGGUCAUUCAUUUUACCAGCAUCACUCUGAUGAGGAAGAGGAGGACGAGGAAGGGUUUGCGCGCGGCCGUCGGAGAGGACCCUCUGUGGAUGAGUUCCUCAGGGGCUCUGAGCUGGGGAGGCCGCCUAACUAUAGUCACAAUGAAGAAUAUCACAGCGAAAGCAGCCGGGGCUCUGACCUGUCUGACAUCAUGGAAGAGGAGGAGGAGGAGCUGUACUCUGAGAUGCAGCUGGAAGAGGGACGUCGACGCAACUCGCACAACACACCCAAGUCAAACACCCCGGGUGGGGGCGGUCAUAACCGGGAGGCGGGGAGAAGAGUUCACCAUCAUGGCGGUCCCCAACCUCAGAGACGACCUCUAAUGGUCCCUUCCAUUGAGGUAACCUCUGAGAAUAACAGUGAGGGAAACCUCUCCCCCAUCACCGAGGAUGUUUACUAUGGCAAAGUAGCUCGCAACAGGACAUGGUCAUCCCGCAGGCACAUGGGCGGCACCAGGUCUCCCCAUGAUGGAUACAGGGAUCGCCGCUCGCCCACGUACUAUGACGAGUCAGAGACUGAGGAGACUUUCCGGAUCUUUGUGGCCCUCUUUGACUACGAUCCUCUCUCCAUGUCACCGAACCCCGACGCUGCUGAUGAGGAGCUGCCCUUCAAAGAGGGGCUGAUCAUUCGGGUGUAUGGCGAUAAAGACACAGACGGGUUCUACAGAGGAGAAGUGAGGGGCCGGAUGGGGCUGAUCCCCUGUAACAUGGUGUCGGAGAUACGAGCCGAGGACGAGGAGACCAUGGACCAGCUCAUCAAACAGGGUUUCCUGCCACUCAGCACCCCUGUGGACAGAAUAGGUAUAACACACUCGUACACACAAUUAUCAAAGAAUUACAUGUUGUCGAAACACCUCUGGUUAAAACGGCGUCUAUUACCACUUCCAGAGCAGAACAGGAGAGGCCUCCGUCGAGAUCAGGCCUCGAGGAGGAUGGUGGCUCUGUACGACUACGACCCCCGAGAGAGCUCCCCCAAUGUUGAUGUCGAGGCUGAGCUGACCUUCUGUGCUGGUGACAUCAUCGCCGUGUUUGCCGACAUCGAUGAAGACGGGUUCUAUUACGGUGAGAUGAACGGCCAUCGUGGUCUGGUUCCCUCUAACUUCCUGGAAGAAGUGCCUGAUGACGUGGAGGUGUAUCUGACCGAUACUCCGUCCCACUACCCCCAGGAAGAGCCUGCCAACCGGCCGCCCGCCAACUCUGCUGCCGCCGUCCCCGAGGGCAAACGGGUCACCACAGAAACCUCCGACACGGCCAACAACAACGACGCCACGCCCGUCCGAGCGCCGUCCCCGAUCGUCCGGCCUCUCCUGCCGGGCACCAUGAGGCCCCUCAGUCCCAUGAGGGGCCCCCACGUCCCGAUGGACCCCCGGGACCCUCAAGACCUGGCCAACAAGAAGAAGAAAGGACUACUUUCCAAGGGGAAGAAACUGCUGAAGAGACUCUCCCCUGUGAAAUAAAAAAAAAGCAAAGCAUAUAUGUAGAACAUGUGCAGACACGCCAGGCUCUGUAUAUUGCAUCCAUACAAUCAACAGAGAGGAUGCAGACCGAGAGAGCCUGUUUAUUCAAAUAUAACCAGUGAUACAAUUAUUCAUGUUGAUCAACUAAAUGAUGUACAGUGCAGUGCCAAAAUCAAAGAGAGGGGGUCACCUGCAGACACAACAUAUUACUGUGAUGUAUUUUAAAAUCCAGAAGAAAAAAAAACAAAAAAACUAGGAUUUUCAUGACAUGUAUUUAUCUCUUUUCUUCACCAUUAGUCAAAGAAACUCUAUUUAUUUCAAGCAGGGUAGCUGUGAAAACAAAAGUGACGUUUCCGACGAGCUUUUCUCAGCCAAAAACUUUAAAAAAAGAUGAACAUUUUCCUGGAGUAUUCACGUCACCACAAGGCACCGUGCUCCUCGUAUAGACUACACUGUUCCUGAGGCAUUCUGCGAAAGCAAUGCUGGCUGCUAAACUCUAAAAAAGGCUUUAUUCAGUGCAAUAUCACAGAGAGGUGGUAGCAUAUGUGUGGAGGGAGGAGGAUUUCCACUCGUGAUGCAGCAGAGAGACGUUUCUUCUGCGAUGAGGGGGAUUGAAAGAGGAGAAGAAGUUGAGCGGCAACGGGGCAUUAACGUCAGAAAACACCAGGCGAGCUCAGCUGUGUCAGUGGCCUUUAUGAAAACAAUGUGACAUCCCUCGUCUGAUCACAAGGCUGAUUCACACCACUUUGUUUGGGGGGGGGGUUUACGACGGGUUCGCUUGUGCUUUGUCUCUUUUUUUUUUUUCUUGAUGAAAUAAUUAAGACGUGUUUCGCUGUCAAACUGUCAUGAAACACCUAGUUCAAGACAAAAUUGUGUGUCUGUCUUCCUAUUGCACAAAGGUGGGUGUUUUUGUCUGACGACUGGUGAGACGUGUGUGUGUGUGUGUGUGUGAGUGUGUGUGCGAGAUGCCUUCAUGUUUUUGCACCCCUCAUGUUUCUUGUUCACUUUUUGUUUCCCCUGAGGGACAGACCAUGUAGUUACUGGUCCUGUGAUGUAGUGAUGUGCUGCUGCCUCCAUCUCCAUCAUGUCUUUGCUUCAGAGGGCCGACGUUAAAGCCUCACGGUGAAACCACAAAUCAAAUCCACAAGCACUAAAGGUCUUUGGGUAGAAAUGUAUUUAUUCUUCAUCCUGUACAUGACUGAAGUACAUAAGGUCUAUAUCAUACUAAUUCAACAUGUUACAGAAUCAUCCACAACACGGUCUCUACUUUAUUCCUGUGAUUUUAGAAGAUUUAACGAUUUGCUGAAAGUCUGCAGACUCUGAUUAGAAAUGCCGUCCUGCUGCUGCUGCUCCAUUUAGUUUGUCGACUCACUGAAUGUUUUAUACAUUCAAUCGAGUCUCAAAAAACACAAACUCUUAUAUUUGCAUAACGCCACUAAAAGAUCUGCAGCAGCAAAUGUGGUCGGAUCAGCAGAAACGAUGUGAUAUCCUCACAUCCCCUGUCUGUUAAAUCAGUUUCUCCUGUCAUUUACUGUCAGUGUCUGCAUUGAGUGGAAAUACAGAACCUGAAUCUGAAUGAAGACACAUUGACUUUCAGCAUUUCACUUUUUAAUUUAAAUAUAAAUAAAACCUUUAGUUCCUUUUUAGUUAAUAUACUUUAUUACACACUUUACAUAUCCUGCUUUAGUUAGAAUCUCAAAUUGAACCUUUUUCUUUUCCGCUACAGUUCCAAUCGACAACCUGCAGCUUAGAGAGUUAACCAUUAUUUCCUAUGGAAGCCCCAGUGUGACAAAAAGUGUCAUAUUUUUGUCAUAUUUACUUAUUUUUUUUAAUAACAUUGAAUGAUGUUAUUCAGAAAAUUAUAACGAGAAAUGAAAAUCUGAACUUUACUGGUCACAUACAGCACAAAAUUCAAAUGUAUUUUUUCAAGUAGCCAAAACACAACUUACUUACCUCUCCGGCUUUCAAGGACACGGCGGUUGUGUGUGUCCAUCGUGACAGGUUAUUGGGACGAGUGUUUUAAAUAGGAACUGAGACUUGGAGUCCACAUACUGAACCAGCAUCGUGUGUUCUGUGCUGGUGACAGAAAGUAAUGGAUUACCGAUGAGAGGGAUAACUUUGAUGAUUUAAAAAUGAUCUAUGUUUGGUUUGAAAUGUCCAUCCUGUCAAUCUCUAGCUUUCCUUGAUGUCACGUUGCACUUGAAGAAUGAGUCAGACCCGAGUUGAUUAUGUGAAAUGAUUUACUGAUAUUAUAUGAAUCGAUGAAAUGCAAUGAAGGUAAAGUUCCACCGGCAAUAGGUUUACAUCCAUUCUUUUGGUUCCAAAGCUGUUUCUGUAUAGUUUCUCAUUCCGUCUCUUCUUGCAGUUGAAACAACAUCGUGUCCCAGAACCCGAUCAUUCACACGUGACUGGGUGGAGUGUCUCGACACUGUAGCUCUUUUUGUACUCGGAUCCAUUUGUAGGUAAUUUCUAAAUGUUUCUACUUGAUUUUACGGCAGCCUUUUCUUCAGUGCACUGAGAUCUCCUCUCCUUGUGACAGACUGCAAGCGUUCUCUCCAUAGUGUCCUUUUGAAAUCAGAUGUAUCGGUCCACCGUAUGUGCUUGCUUUGUGAAUCAAAGUUUAAAAAAAAGGAAAAGAAAAAAGAGAAAUCAUUGGACAGUAUUUAUGGUGAUUAAUUAUGUGUGGGUGUGCAUGUGAAAAAAAUAGCCAACGACUUUUAUAACCAAAUUAAAUUUGAUAUUUUUUAGAAAAA